UAGACUCGAACCGGAAAAUGGAGUCCAUUCCCUCCCCUCCUUUCUUUUCACCCUCUCUGAGCUGAGAUUACUUUCAGCCAACUGAUAUUCCUCCGUCGCCAUGGAUAAGAGAAACCACUGUCCUCCAGAUGUAAACUCCAUCAAUGGCUUCUGCUCUAAAACCAAAAUCUUCCACAGCCUCCGUCCCCGGGUCCCUCUCCCUCCGCUUACCGAUCAUCAGCCCCUCUCGGUCACCGACUACGGCCUUUCCCUCCUCACCACCUCCGCCUCGGCUGCCUCCUCCACUUUCAUCAUCGACGCCUCCUCCGACGACGACCAACAGCUCACCUUCUCCCAGACCCUCCGCCUGGCUGGCUUCCUCACUCUCCGCCUCCGGGCCCGCUUCUCCCUCUCCAAGGGCGAUGUCGCCUUCAUCCUCGUCCCCCCCUCCAUCAACGUCCCCAUCAUCUACCUCUCCCUCCUCUCCCUCGGCGUGGUCAUCUCUCCCGCGAACCCGCUCAGCUCCGACUCGGAGAUCGCCCACCAGGUCCGGAUCAGUAACCCCUCCAUCGCAUUCGCCACCUCCUGGACCGCCUCCAAGCUUCUGCCUAAGCUCCGAUUGGGUGUGGUCCUUGUUGACUCGCCCGAAUUCGACUCCGUGUUGACUCACUACUCCGACACUGGCUCGGCCUCGUUCUGCUCCUCAUCUAUGCCACUGCUGAGCAAUGUCAAUCGAGUUUGUCCAUCCGAUCCGGCAACUAUACUCUAUUCCUCCGGCACGACCGGCCACGUCAAAGGAGUGCUCAUGACUCACCGGAACUUGAUCGCUCUGAUCGCUGGACGCUACCACGUCGAGCCGAAGAUUGACCCUGGCCCUGUCGAGUCCGAGCUGCCGCAACCACGACGACGUGUGUGUCUGUUCGCACUGCCUCCGUUCCAUGCCUAUGGCUUCUUGAUGCUGAUUAUGGCUUUUGUGAUGGGGGAGACCUUGAAUAUAAUGCGGAGGUUCGAAUUCGAGGCAAUGCUAAGGGCGGUGGAGAAGUACAGGGCCACUCGCCUGCUGGUGUCUCCGCCCAUUGUUAUGAACCUGGUGAAAUCGAAGAUCACGAACAAGUACGACCUGAGCUCGCUUGAGAACGCCGUGUGCGGCGGCGCCCCGCUCGACAGGAAGGUGUCAGAGCAGUUCCGGGCCAAGUUCCCCCACGUGGAGCUCAUGCUGGGAUAUGCUAUGACUGAGAGUGGAUCAGUAGGGAGUAGAAUGAUGGGUCCUUAUGAGAGUAGGCGUUACGGUUCGGUCGGCCGCCUCUCUGAGAAUAUGGAAGCAAAGAUAGUUGACCCUGUAACAGGAGAGGCCCUGCCCCCUGGUCAGAAAGGAGAACUUUGGCUUCGAGGGCCUUGUAUUAUGAAAGGUUACGUAGGAGAUGAUAAGGCAACUGCUGAAACCAUCAACUCAGAUGGCUGGCUUAAAACCGGCGACCUUUGUUACUUUGACUCCGAAGGGUUCCUUUUCAUUGUCGAUAGGUUAAAAGAAUUGAUAAAAUACAAGGCAUAUCAGGUACCCCCCGCUGAACUGGAGCAUUUACUGCAAUCAAAUCCUGAAAUAGCAGAUGCCGCUGUUAUUCCAUAUCCUGAUGAUGAAGCAGGGCAGAUCCCAAUGGCCUUCGUGGUGAGAAAAGCUGGAAGCAACAUUACCGAGACUCAAGUCAUUGAUUUCAUUGCAAAACAGUUGAACUUCUCUUUGAAGGUUGCUCCGUACAAGAAGAUAAGGCGAGUGGCUUUUGUCGAUAACAUCUCGAAAUCUCCGGCAGGGAAGAUAUUGAGGAGGCAUCUGAUCAAUCUAGCCGUAUCUGGCCCUAAAGCUCGGCUAUAAAACCCAUCCCCUCCUCACAGUUGUUCAACUUGACCUUUUCCAUGAAAAGGUCCAACUAUGCUUCCAUCUGAUCACUUGUCUUAGAUUUCUUUUUGCGGGUAAAAUGAUUACUCCAAUACCUGUGGUUAGUCGUUGUAAGGAAGUCGCAUGAUUUUCGGUGUGUAAUAUAGCAUUCGGAAGUUAAACGGGCCCCGACUAGUUUGUGUUGGGUCAGCUCACUAAGAAAGUAAAACUCUCUCAAUAUGUAUUUUAUAUUUUUCAAUACUCAAAUUCGAGAUCUUACAUAAGAAAAACAAGCGUUCAACUACUUGAAUCAAUUCA